CAACUUUACUCUCAUUUCUUUCUUCUUCGGUGACAACUUCAAUUUUCCUACCUACUAGUUUUGUUUUGUUUCCUUUCUUCAUCUUCUUCAAAUUCUCAACCCCCUGAUUUUCAUACUCAUUCUUCUUCUUUCUACAUACAUGUGCAAAUCAAAAAGAAACACCAAUGUAACACAACCAAUUUCAAUUUCAUCAAGAAGAUCCUAUGAAAACACUCGAUCUUUUCCCAACUCAAAUCCAACAAAUUCUAGUUAUGAAAUCUCUGAUGAAGAUUUCACACGUAGUACAAACAACACUUCAUCUUCAGAAUCAAGAACUUCACGAUCUUCUUUAAAAUCUCUAAGAGAUUCAUUACCAGAAGACUCGUACAUCUAUGAUUUCUCAGAAAUUCGUUCCGCAGCUAACAAUUUCUUAUCCAAACAGUUGUCAUCGUCAUCGUCUUCGUCGUCUUGGAAGUGUUUGAUUAGAGGUAAGGAUGUGAUUAUAUUUCAACGUAAAUUUCAUCGUUCGAUUGAUUCGUCGAAACUUCGGGAACGAUUGACGGCGAUUUGUAAGAGUCAUCAUAUUAGUUUGAUUAAGUUAUUAGGUGCUUCGGUUUCUGGGGAUUAUAUUUAUCUAGUCUAUGAUUUUGUGAAUGGUGGUGGUAAUUUAAGAGAUUGUCUCCGCCGAAACAUUAGGAAUCCAGAAUUUAGUGUAUUGUCUACAUGGAUGUCUAGAAUGCAGAUUGCUGUGGAUGUUGCUCAGGGGAUUGAGUAUAUUCAUCAUUUCUCUGGGUUGAAUUUGUCUUUGGUGCAUAAUCAUAUCAAAAGUAGUAGUGUAAUUGUUAUCGAGCCUUUGUUUAACGCGAAAAUAUGUCAUUUCGGAACAUCCGAACUCUGUGGAGAGAUCAAUGAAAUUCAGGAAAUGGAAUCAAGGUUUGAAUUAGAGCAACAGAAUCAAACCCUGGCUCCGGCGAGGCUAAGAAGAUCGAACAGUGUGAAGUUUUCAGGGACUAAAGGGUAUAUGUCACCAGAAUAUCUCGUAGAUGGAAUAGCAACACAAAAAUCUGAUGUUUAUGCAUUUGGGGUAGUGAUUUUAGAGCUGUUGUCAGGUGAGGAACCAAUAAGGGUUAUAUUUGAUAAAGUAAAUGGGCAGUAUAGAAAUGUUUCAGUGAUUGAAACAGCUAGGGAAGCAGUUGAAUCAGAGGAUUUUGAGAGGAUCCGGAGAUGGAUUGAUAGAAGAUUGAAGGAUUCAUUUCCUGUUGAAAUUGCUGAGAAGUUGGCUUCUGUCGCGUUAGAAUGUGUACAUGAUGAUCCAGAUAAGAGGCCGGAUAUGAGGCGUGUGUCAGGAAAGAUUUCGAAGCUUUAUUUAGAGUCUAUCAAGUGGAAGGAAAAAAUGGCUCCUCCUACGGAUUUUACUGGUCCUCCUAUUGAUUUUACUGGUACUCUUAGAUAAGUUGGCACACCAACUGAAUUCAAACACGGCAAAUCAAAAUUUGAGUCAUGUUCUUGUCGUUGGUUGUUUGUUAUUGAAUUGAUUGAGACACAACUGUAAGCUAACAAAUAUAGAUAACAUUGUAUACUCUUGCUGUUGAUUUUUGAUCAAAGACAAAACAUUUUUGGUUUC